AUGGCACCAGGUUCCGAUAUACCAUUGUUAUCCCACAACCUCAACUAUCAAAAUAUGAGCAUAUCCCGAAUAAAGCACCAUCCCCAGUACUACCUGCGUGACGGCAGCGUAUCAUUUCAUGCACGUCUUCCUUUUUUGGUCGUCGCGGGCACCCUCUUUCGCGUACACAAGUAUUUUUUUGAAAGAGAGUCCGAAUACUUCCGUGAGGGGUUCGAAGAAGCCGGGCCACAGGAAGAUGGUCAUUCUGACCAGGCAGCGUUUCGACUUGAUGACGUCAAGAUCAGUGAGUUCGAGCGACUGUUGUGGGUAUUCUACAACCCACAAUAUAUGUACGAUGAGCAGCCCAAGGACCACUGGACCACUAUCCUUGACCUGGCCACACGAUGGAGAUUUCCAAGCGUUGUAGACCUGGCAGUCCGGCAGCUGCAAAAGCUCGACAUGAAACCUGUCGAGCGAAUUGUCACCUAUGAUAAGUACAACCUCGACAAAUCGCUCCUCUUGCCCGCCUACAUUCUUCUGUGUAAACAAUCGAGUCGCUCUGUUGAGGAUGGUGAGCAGCUCGGCAUGCCCACCGUCCUCAGGAUCAACGAGGCUCGUGAGUAUGCACAGAGGUUUGCAGCCGAGCAAGGUUGCUCUAGUCCCACAAGCGCCGAUGCCGAAGAUGAAGAACUUGUCGAGAUUCUGAGGGGCGUAUUCGGUCUGAGCUCAGACUCACAAGCUACUUGA